ACUCUCAAACCACUCAUUAAUAGCUCACAAAUACAGCUUCUUUCUUUCUUUCUUUCCUUCCUACACCCCAUUAAAUUCUCAUUCCACCUUCACCUAAUCACCCCUUCUCUUCCACACCCACAUCAAAUUACUCAACUUUACACCUGACCCAUAUCCCCAAAUCCUUAAAUUUUCAACCUUUAACAAUCUUUAUCAACAAACAAGAAAUGGGUAAUCGAUUUAGUUGCAAAAAGAUUGAUGGGUCAACAAGUAGCAGAAGAUUUGGUGGUGGGAAUAGGUCACGGAGGAAGCUGCAAGCAGAUGAAGAGUUGUUGCAUAUUCAAGCUUUGUCUCUUGCAAUUCAGCAUCAUCAAUCUUCUCAACGGUUUGAAGGUUCCAUGUCUCGUAGGAUUGGAUCUGUUAGUUCUCGUCGCCGGAGUAAUCCUGUUUCUGAUCCGGUGGUGGAUGCCGGAAAACAGCAGAAACUGUCAGCGGAAUUCUUGGAAAAUCUUGAAACCAAGAAUAUCGUUCUAAUACACGGAGAAGGAUUUGGGGCAUGGUGUUGGUACAAAACUAUUUCUCUGCUAGAGGAAACGGGAAUGAUACCCACGGCCUUAGAUCUUACCGGAUCGGGUAUCGAUUUGAAAGACACAAACAACGUCACUACACUUGAGGAAUAUUCAAAACCGCUAAUCGAUUAUUUGCAAGACCUGCAAGAAGAUGAGAAGGUGAUCUUAGUAGGACACAGUAGUGGCGGUGCUUGUGUUUCUUAUGCAAUGGAGCAAUUUCCACAAAAGAUUUCGAAAGCCGUGUUUUUAUGCGGUACUAUGGUAUCUAAUGGACAAAAGCCCUUUGAUGUGUUUGCGGAACAGCUCGGGUCUGCGGAGCUCUUUAUGAAGGAAUCAAAGUUUUUAAUACACGGAAAUGGGAACGAUAAGCCUGCCACUGGAUUCAUGUUCGAGAAGCAACAAAUGCGUGGAUUAUAUUUCAAUCAGUCUCCCGCAAAGGAUAUUGCUCUAGCUAUGGUUUCCAUGAGACCCAUUCCACUCGGGCCCAUGAUGCAAAACCUCUCACUAUCUAAAGAAAAAUACGAAGCGGGUCGUAGGUUCUACAUCCAAACACUUGAGGAUCAUGCACUUUCACCGGAUAUUCAAGAAAAGCUCGUGAGAGAGAAUCCACCCGAAGGCGUUUUCAAGAUCAAAGGAAGUGAUCAUUGCCCGUUCUUCUCUAAACCGCAAUCGUUGCAUAAAAUUUUGCUUGAGAUUGCUCAAAUCGCAUAGCGAAAUGGACUUCUUUUGAGUGAAUACGUGUAGAAGAUUAAACAGUGGCGGAUCCAGCCCUGUUUUGUGGGUUCACAUGAACCCACUCGGUUUGGAAAGAAUUAGUAAGAACUUUGUAUGAUUUGGAAAAAAUAGUGAGAAUCUACCAAACGAACCAACUGAAAGAAGUUCUUUGAUCUGCCACUGAGAUUAAAUAUUUUAUUGAAAGAAGUUUCUGGAUCUGCCACUGAGAUAAUAUAUUUUAUUUCUCUAGACUUAUUAUGAGAUUAUUAGAAAGUUGUAAGUUGUUCA